UGCGUUUUACUCACGAAUAAAAUAUUAUCAAUAACAUCUGAAGAGUUGAUUGUUCUAGAAGAUCACUUACAAGUUAAAAUGGAGACAAUAGAAGGUAAUCAACUCCAAGAUGUUUCUAUUAAACAAGAAGAGGAUGAAUCAGAUUGUGAUGAAACAUGUUUAGAAUCUCUUAUGAAUUGCGAGGUAACGAUAGAUGAGAAAAUCCAACAAGACCCGAGCCAAAACAAAACCAAAAACAACUCCCUUUCCUGUGACAUUUGUGGUAAGUCUUUUGCCAAAAAGAAAUAUUUAGGAAAUCAUCGUAGAAACCAUACAAGACCCAAAUGUUACAAAUGCUCGUACUGUGACAAGCAAUUCAAAACCACCAAUCAAUUAAAAACACACGAAAGAGUACACACGGGUGAAAAGCCUUUUUCAUGUGAAUUCUGUGGAAAAGGCUUUGCCAUCAAAGGUAACCUGGUGCAACAUAUGCCUUCGCACACGGGGGAAUACAAACACAAAUGUGGUACUUGUGAUAAACAGUUUAUUGCAGAAAGUGCUCUAAGGAAGCAUGAAAACACACAUUUGGAAGAAGGACUUUUUAAAUGCGAGCUAUGUGGUAAGGCUUUUAAAAGCAUGGAUUAUUUAAAUAAACACGUGUUUGUUCAUGCUAAAGAAUGGCCUUAUAAGUGUGAAUUAUGCAAUGAAACAUUUCCAAGGCCUGGUUAUUUAAGAUCACAUAAAUUAGAAGCUCACGGGAUAGAACCUAUAUUCGAAUGUCUAACUUGCAAUAAAGUAUUCAAACGCAAUCUGUAUUUAAAAAGACAUAUGGCUAUUCAUUUAGAAGCAGAUCGUCAAAAAUGUGAAAUAUGCUAUAAAGUAUUUAAAGAUUUAGUUUCUUUAGAAGAACACAUGAGGCUACAUUUAGAGGAAGAUCGGCCGUAUAAAUGUGACGUCUGUGAUAAAACUUUUACAAAGGUGGAUUCACUAAAACAUCACAUGUUCGUACAUUCUGAAGAACCCGAAUAUAAAUGUGAAUUGUGUGAUAAAGAAUUCAAACAUUUGGUGUCUUUGAGGAAACACAUGAAGAAAAUUCAUAAUAAAAAAUUGGAGUAUAAUAAAGGAACUAUUGUUAUACAAGAGAUGACAUAACC